UGGAAGCGAGCAUCAGCUUACCUGAGAGAAUUUGCGACAGACAUUGCUGAGCGAUGGCGUCAUCUGCAAAGCGUCCUCAGCCGAUCGAAGAGGGUUACGGGGCGCCGUGGAGGGAUGCCAAGAAAGGGAAAAUUGAAGCAGAAGAACAAGCCUCUGCUGAUUAUCAUCCGGCGCUGCCCGUUCGUCGCGUCCUCCUCAAUCCGGCCGAUUGUGAUAUCGAUUUCAAUAUUGAAGAAGAUGGUCUGCGUGGUUCAGCACUUUAUGAGGAGGGAUUUGCUUAUUGCUGGUCUGGUGCCCGGGCCAACGUGGGAAUCACUGGGGGAAAGUAUUGCUUUGGGUGCAAAAUUAUUGCACAUCAGCCAGUUGAUAUGGAUGACACUCCACUGGACCAGCAGCAUAUAUGUAGGGUUGGCAUCUCAAGGGGAGAUGAUGUUGUUGGAAAUCUUGGGGAGACCCUACACAGUUUUGGUUUUGGGGGCACAGGAAUGUUUUCUAAUGCAGGAAAAUAUUCAGGUUAUGGAGAGCAGUUUGAUGAUGGUGACACUAUAAUUUGCUGUGUCAACCUUGAAAGUAAACCCGUGGCUUCAAUUGGUUUCUCAAAGAAUGGGAAGUGGCUGGGAACUGCAAUUCAGUUUCAUGCAGGUUUUGGUGGCCUCGAAGUGGUUAAUUGUCCAAUCAAAAACUUGCAAUGGGAAUCAGCACUAUUUCCUCAUGUUUUGCUAAAAAAUGUUGAAGUUCAGAUGCAAUUCAGGACUGAAGAUGGAUUAGUUCCACAAGAAGGCUACAAACCGUGGGCCUCUGCAAUUGAGGAUCGGAAGGUGAUAUUGGGACCUACGUUUCAGAAUGUAAGUGAUUGUGAACUAAUAAUGAUGGUUGGAUUACCUGCUGCUGGCAAGUCUACGUGGGCUGAGAAUUUGGUCAGGGCUCAUCCAGAAAAGCGAUAUAUUCUGCUUGGAACCAAUUUAGUCCUGGAUCAGAUGAAGGUGCCUGGUCUGCUUCGUAGACAUAACUAUGGUGAACGAUUUGAUCGUCUGAUGCAACGUGCAACUGCGAUUUUCAAUACUCUUCUGUCCAGAGCUUCCAAGGUGCCUCGCAAUUUCAUAAUCGACCAAACAAAUGUCUACAAGAAUGCACGUAAACGCAAGCUGAAGCCAUUUUUGAACUACCGUAAGAUUGCCGUUGUUGUUUUUCCGAGACCGGAAGAGCUCAAUAAUCGUUCAGAUAAAAGGAACAAAGAAAUGGGAAAAGAAAUUCCUGCUCAAGCUGUAAAUGAGAUGUUAGCCAAUUAUACUUUGCCAAUGAGCAAGGACAUGCCCAAUACAGAUGAGUAUUUUGAUGAGGUUUUUUUCCCAGAGCUCAGCCGAGCAGAGUCGCAGAGAUAUUUAGAUCAGAUGAAAGCAAAUCUCAAUGCGAGUGUGGUGGUUUCCUCUCAUUCUGAUGGCAUGGGCUUUGCUGGACCUUGGUCUAAUAAUGCAUACUCGCCUUAUCCUCCUGUUGGAACACCUGCUGGAAGUAACUCAUAUUUGUGUCAUGGAGGGUAUUCUCAUUCUGGUGGAAGUGAUUGUGGAAAUAGAUUUGCUGCUUCUCUGGAUGUGAAUGAGCCUUACAGGAGCUAUGGAGCAGGAUAUACGUCCAUUGCUAUUGAUAAUAACAGAAUGCACAUGACUGAACCCUAUGCAAGUUUGGCUACAGUUCCAUUCAACUCUCAAGAUGUGUAUGCUAGUCAGCCACGAGGAAGUUCUCAUGAAAUGUCUAUUCCUUCAUUUGGAGCCCCCCUGCGAAAUAAAGGAAGUUUACCUGUUGGAACCCCUGCUGGAAGUAACUCUUAUUCGUAUCCAAUUAAUAGACUUGAAAGCUAUGGCAGUCAUGGAGGGUAUUCUCACUCUGGUGGAAGUGAUGGUGAAAAUAGAUUUGCUGCUCCUGUGAAUGGGAAUGAGCUUUAUAUGAGCUAUGGAGCAGGAUAUACAUGCAGUGCUGCUGAUAAUAACAGAAUGCACAUGACUGAAACCUAUGCAAGUUUGACUACAGUUCCGUUUAACUCUCAAGUUGUAUAUGCUGGUCAGCCACAACGUUCAUCACAGGAGCUCUUGGGUACAGGACCACCUACAUUUGGGUCUACUACAGCAGGACCAUACGGUUCUCCAUAUGGAGCUCCUGUUCCAAGGCCUUCAUAUGGAAACUUCCCCCCCGGUAAAGAGCAUCAUGGAGGUUAUGGCCCCCCAGGCCCAUGGUAGCAUUGAUUUCUCAGGGAUGCCUUUCCAACUUCUUGAAAUCCAAAGCGUUCUUGGAUGGGUUGAGUUGGUGGCGCAGUUUUAAGUGAGAAAUUGACCCAAGGUAUCAGAAGAUCUUGGAAGCAAUGAAGAAAAAGGAACUGAAGAUGUAUGGAAGAAAUACUCAUACAGCCCAUGGAAGGGCAUCGAUAGAAUGACCUGCUAGGUUUUCAAGGAAAUGCUUCUAACCACCUCCUAGUAUUUCCAUACAUUCCAAGGUGGAUAGGAUUUUGCUGUGUGCUUAUUGUAGGUUACUUUCUUUUAUGAGUAUUUAUUAUAUACAACGUUAAAAGUUUGUGGGAGUUUAGAGUAUUGCACAUUGUCGCUUGACUGUUGUCCUGUGAAAAAUGCCAGUAGUGCUGUCUGUAAACUAAAGCUGCGGUUAUUUACAUACAACGUUAGGCCGUUCUAUAUC